AAAUUACAAACAAAUCGUGGCAGUUUGUUAGAAAAAACUUUUCAUUUUUAAUUUAUCAAGACUUAAAUUUAGAAAAAAUAAAAAAAAUCUUGAAUAACUUGACCUAAAUACAGUUUAGCAUAUAUUACAAUAUAAAGAUACUAUAUAAACAUUGAACUGGUUUUAAUAAAUUUGAUUUUUGCGUUCCAAUAAAAAUAAUCCUCUAUGCUUGGGUAUUUAUGUAGAUAAACAUGAUUUAUAUUUUAAGCUGACGACGUGUAUCCGAGAGUGUAAUUUGUACAUGUAUUAGGACUCUGGUUAGUUUACAUUUGUAAGUACGUUUACAUCAACCAACUUCACAAAUAUUAAAAUGAGUAUGGAUGAAAAAUUGAAGUACUCUUUGUUAAGAAAUGAAUUAGUCGAUAAUCAAUCUAUAUGGAGCCGUCAAGAGAAGCGAGUAUGGUUUAUUACACUAAUCACAGGCACUUGCAUGUUGUAUUCAACUCGCACAACGAUGCCUUUAUUGGUACCAGCAGUUGCAGCAGAAAUGAAAUGGAGUAAAACGGAUUCCGGUACGGUGUUGAGCUCAUUUUUUUGGGGCUAUACCCUAACACAGGUUGUGGGUGGUUAUUUUAGUGAUCGUUUUGGUGGUCAAAGAGUGAUUUUAUUUGCUGCCAUUGGUUGGUCAAUCAUAACAUUCCUGAUGCCAAACAUUAUUUGGUGGGCACCAAAUGCAAAAAACUAUGCCAUUCCUUUCAUUGUUACCAUAAGAAUAAUCAAUGGAGCUUUUCAGGGAGUUCAUUUUCCUAGUAUGAUUAGUUUAACAAGUCAAAAUCUCUGCUCAAAUGAACGCACAAGUUUUUUCGGACUUUUAACGUCUGGUUCUGCCAUGGGUACAUUGCUAACAGGCAUAUUGGGAUCUUUUGUGCUGGACUAUUUUGGAUGGUCAUAUGUUUUUCGCGUUAUUGGAUUUAUGGGCAUAGCUUGGGCAUUAAUACUACGCUAUUAUGCCAUGGCGGGUGAACGCAAUCGUAUAAUCAAUGUAUCUUUGCCCUCCCGUUUGUGUGUGAACAAAUCCAGUGUUGACGCAGUGCCGUGGCUAAAGUAUUUUAGUAAAUUAUCAUUUUGGGCUUGUGUUUUAACACAUGCCUGUGAAAUGAACUGCUUUUUCGUAUUAUUAUCUUGGUUACCCACCUAUUUCCAUGAUGGUUUUCCACACGCCAAAGGAUGGGUAGUAAAUAUGAUACCUUGGUUGGCAUUACCGCCCAGUACAUUUUUUGCCAAAUAUCUUACCGGUAGAUUAUUGGCCAGAGAAUGGUCUACAUCGGCUGUGCGCAAGCUGAUACAAAGUUGCUGCUUCUUAGCACAAAAUCUAGCAUUAUUUAUAAUGAGUAGAACCUCAGAUUUUCAUACAGCUUUAGUAUGUAUGACUAUAAUUAUAGGUGGGACUGGUUUCCACAAUAAUGCAGUGACAGUUAAUCCUCAGGAUUUGGCACCUUCACAUUCUGGCAGUGUUUUCGGUUUAAUGAAUACGGUUGGCGCCAUACCAGGAUUUUUGGGUGUUUACUUGGCUGGCCACAUAUUGGAAGUAACUCAAAGUUGGCCUAUGGUUUUUAGCGCAGCGGCCGGUAUCAAUCUCAUAGGCUGGAUAAUAUUCAUAGUCUUUGGUUCGGCUGAGGCUAUAGUGUGAUUUUAUGUUAGACCAAAUUUUUGUUUGUAAUUUUCAGCACAACAUGUUAAGAAGAUAUUCAUGUGUAUAGUAUUUAUAUUAUUAGGUUUGUCAUUUUAACUAAGUCUACUAUCUAUGAAUUCUUGUACUGCUACCUUCUUUUACUUUACUUUAAAGCUCUCGAUACCAUAAUUAAUAAUAUUGUAUUACGUUUAAUUUUACUUCAACUUUAGUAAUUAAAGACAAAAAAGGAAAUCACCUUUUAGUUAAAAUAAUAAUAAUAAAAAAUAACUACAAAUCAA